GAUAAGAGCUCGGACAAUGAGAAUGCAUAUGAGCAAAUAGACAAGAGCUCGGGAAAUUGGUGGCUUGAAGUUCAAGGUGAAGCAAUUGGCUAUUGGCCCGAAUCCAUCUUCACUGCCUUAGCAGACAGUGCUAGACUUGUGGAAUGGGGUGGAGAAAUUUACGAUGCCAAAUUAAAUGUACAUCACAAAACCACUCAAAUGGGAAGCGGCCAUUUCUUGUAUGAAGGUUGUUGUGGAAAAUAA